UCACUGCUGUCAAGUCUUCCAACCCCCUCGCUAACCGCGUCCGUCUCCAAGCAUCGCCACCGAAGGAGAUAGCCAUAAUUUUUAAAUAAAGGGCGAAAGAGGGGCAGUACAACUUUUUUAUUAAUUAAUUCUUCCGUCCGGCAAUGGGCUGAUUAGAUAGGUCAUCCUACCCGUCUCCGGAACCAAACCGACCAUCUCCCUAUAUACCAAUUCGGAUCGCAGCAGCAACUUUUCCGAGCCGAUGAAACCGCGGACAUUUCUGGAGAGCCUCAUGAAGCGCAUCUUUCGUCGUCGUGAUCGAGCAGAGGCGAAAGAGGAGGAGGACUUGGAGGCGAUCGCGGCCAAGGAGCAAAAGAUGUUCAAGUACGAGACGCUGAUGGCUGCCACCCGUAAUUUCAGCCCCAAGCAGAGGCUCGGAGAGGGCGGAUUCGGACCGGUUUUUAAGGGGAGGUUGGAGGAUGGGAGAGAGGUGGCGGUGAAGAGGCUGGGUCGGGGGUCGAGGCAGGGGGGGAGGGAGUUCACGAACGAGGCGAUGCUGCUGUCGCGGGUGCAGCAUCGGAACGUGGUCAAUCUCUACGGCUACUGCUCCCACGCCGACGAAAGGCUCCUCGUCUACGAGUACGUCCCCAACGAGAGCCUCGACAAGCUCCUCUUCUCCCGCCGAGGAGGAGGAGGAGGAGAUGAACCGGAGGUUGGCCGGCGGCGGGUGGAGCUGAUGGACUGGAAGCGGCGGUAUGAGGUGAUCGUGGGGGUGGCGCGGGGGCUGCUGUACCUGCACGAGGACGCGCACACACCCAUCAUCCACAGGGACAUCAAGGCGAGCAACAUCCUGCUGGACGACCGGUGGGUCCCCAAGAUCGCCGACUUCGGCAUGGCCCGCCUCUUCCCGGAGGACCUCACCCAUGUCAACACCCGUGUCGCCGGCACCAAUGGCUACAUGGCGCCCGAGUACGUCAUGCAUGGAUCCCUCUCUGCCAAGGCCGACGUCUUCAGCUUUGGCGUCCUCGUCCUCGAGCUCAUCUCCGGCCAGAAGAAUUCCUCCUUCGUCCCCAACGCCGAAGCUGACAGCCUUCUGGAAUGGGCUUGGAAGCUCUUCAAGAAGGGGCGGAGUCUGGAGAUGAUGGACCCUACCAUGAGAUCCACAGCAGUCACAGAGCAAGUUGCGAUGUGUGUGCACAUAGGGCUCCUUUGCACUCAGUCAGACCCCAAGCUGAGGCCUCACAUGAAGAGGGUGGUGGUGAUUCUGUCGAAAAAGCCAAGUACACUAGAAGAGCCCCUCAGGCCUGGCAUCCUUGGUUCCAGGUACCGGAGAAGAGCUCAUGGGACCCGAGGUUCCAGCUACUCCUUGGGUGAAUCCUCAUCAGGCACGACCUCUGCCUCCAACUCUACUUCUACCUAUGCCUCCACUUCCAACUUAAACAACACAGCUACCACCUCUACACCCACCACUGCAAGAAGCCAGACACCACAUUCAGAACAACACUCUAUAGAACACUAGAUUCAUGCUUAUUUUGAAUUCUUUUUUGUAUUAUAUCGGUAGGUUGUAGUUGUAUUUAAUUGUCUAGUUUUGCAUGUCAAAUUUUUUAUCGGGAUUGCUUGGAUGGAGUCUAGAUUUUUUUUAUUUUUGGGUACAAAGGAUCGAGUUUAGAUGAAGAUGCAGGAAGUGAGUGUUCUUUUUCUCAAUAAAGAUAUUGAUGUGAAAAUUUUCCUUUGGAGGUUCGACAUGGAAAGUGAAGUGUCUGUUGGUUUGUUACUCUGCAGGAGGGUUAUCCUCCACACUCGUGGCCUUCGUUGCCAUUUACUCUUCAGACGAUGUAAACAGGUGAUGAGGAACAUAGUGAAGGAUAUUAUUAAGUGUAUCAGCU